AUGGUGAAUUUGGAAACGAUAACAUUAGUUUUGGCCCGGGUGACACCAACUGAAGCUAAGCCCCUGGGUGUCAUAGCGAGCGCCUUGAUGUCAAACACCGAAGUCCUGCGAUGGUGCGAGGGGAUGCAAUUUGAAAAUAUGCUGCAACAGAAGGCAGAAACAAAUUUGGAGUCCAGCCAUUGCAGUAAUUCAACGGAAUCCAAGCCGUUGAACUGCUGGGCGGAUAUGCCUAUCCCAGAGCACGAUCACGUCGGCUAUCAAGGACAAAGACAAGCAAAAAGUGUUUUAAUGGAAAUUGAAAAUUUUGUUCGAUUUUAUUUUUAUUAA